CUUUAGCUUUUCCUGUACUUCCUGCUCGGUAAGAUAGCGGGCAAUCGGUCGUCAAAACAAUCCUCUCAUUUGGAGAAUUUAUGUAAAAUCAAAUAUAAGUCACCAGGCUAAGGGAAUUCCUAUUUGUUUUAAAACAACUGACUCAAAGAAAAGACAAUGAUCCGCUUCAUCCUGAUUCAGAACCGAGCAGGGAAGACCCGACUGGCCAAGUGGUACAUGCAGUUUGAUGACGACGAGAAACAGAAGCUGAUUGAGGAGGUGCACGCUGUGGUGACUGUCCGUGAUGCCAAGCACACCAACUUUGUGGAGUUCAGGAACUUCAAGAUCAUCUAUAGGCGCUAUGCUGGUCUGUACUUCUGUAUCUGUGUGGAUGUGACAGACAACAACCUGGCAUACCUGGAGGGCAUUCACAACUUUGUGGAGGUGUUGAAUGAGUAUUUCCACAAUGUGUGCGAGUUGGACCUGGUGUUCAACUUCUACAAGGUGUACACGGUGGUGGAUGAGAUGUUCCUGGCGGGGGAGAUCAGAGAGACGAGCCAGACCAAGGUCCUCAAGCAGCUGCUAAUGCUCCAGUCCCUCGAGUAGCCAACAGGGCAGCCAUCUUGACCAGUCCAUCACCCACCCACCAUCAACGUCACUCUGGAAAGGACCCCCUCUCAUUUGCCAUCUUCCACCCCUUACAGAAACCAGGGGCUUAUUCACGAGGGUGCAGUCACAGAACGUUCAGAUAGAAAUGCAUGGUGUAGAACAGACAUCGUUUUCGGUCAUGCAGAAUCGGAAUCGAGUCGGCUCUACACAUUACAUUUCGAUCCGCAACAAUGAGAAAGUUUCAACCUCUUAUGCCCCAGAAAGGCUGUAUUUUGGUGCUGCAGAUAUGGCCCUUAUCAUUUAAUUUCUUAACCACCAGUUCAAGUAAAAUCAUCUGGAUGAGUAUAUUUGCAGCACUGAAAAUACAUGUUCUCUCUAUGCCCUGUCUCAAGCUGGAGGCUGCACUUACGGCAGUUAGAUUAAGGUUGCCAGUUAUUCACCUGUACAUCCCGCCGUCAAACCUAUACUAGUGGAGAGAGAGGAUGACAAGGAUUCACUGUUCUGGCAACCCCAGUGUCACUACAGUAGCUAAAAAACCCAUCAGAAAACCCUUGUAAACUGCCUGUGAUAUCCCUGUCUUCUCUGCACCAUACGUCUUGUCUGGGAGAAUCACAGUUUGAGCUGAGGAGUGACUAAACCACCGCUACGAAUGCCCAUUGAAGCCAUUGACCUCUCGUUGUGGUUCACAGUUCAAUGGAGUGCACUUUAAGUGUGCCGUUGAGAGGUCUGGUAAUGGCAACCUGUGCAGGGUUGUAGCUACUCUCUGUGAUAUUAAAUAACUCUCAGUAUCAUGUCAGGUUGUAUAUCAGACAAUGCGUCUCCACUCCACAUAUGGUGCUUGUUAGUCACAUCCAGAUAUGUUCAACUUUAAAUACACACAAAUACUUUAAGGGAAAUUAUACAGUGAUAUAUAUUUUAAGUAAAGCAGUACUGUGAAGUUUGUUUUGUAUGGUGUACAUAUAUACAGUGUAUCUUAUGCAUAAUAGUGUGAAACCAUUGUCUUUUCCAGGCCUUUCCCCAGCCUGUCUCGUUGUCACCGAGUGUUUUAAUACACAGAUCUGAAUUGGGGGAAAUUCCAUUAAUAUUCCCUGGUCAGCUCAUUCGUACGACAUAAAUGGGCUUUCCAACAACCAGAGGCCAAAUGAUAUGACAAACUCUAGAGGCACUUGUCUAGUAGGUCUGUGACAACACCGCCUUGUAACUCGUCUGUCAUUGUAACCAUGUCCAGUCUUGCACCUCCCAACACAUUACAGGUUUCACAUGUUACUAUUAUGGUUUGUUAGUUUUUUAAAAUUUGGAUUUAGUGCGAUGUACUGCUUCCCCUCUCCUGUCCGAGAUUGUUGAAAGAUGUUGGUCUCCUGUUGCUAUACUACCCAGUCAGUGUAUAUAUAUAUAAAAAUAAAUCAAAGUACUAAAUAAAAUGUUAAAACCUG